AAGAUUUAAAUAGCCCAGGCCCGAGGCAGCCAGGCUGCAGCUGUGGCCGUGUCCACCUCCUGGGUGGCUCCGCUGGCGCUGGCCCGCACUGGGGGGCUCGAUUGGCUGCCCAGCUGGCACUGACGUUCCCUGGGAGCCUGGUGGCAGCCGGAGGUAAACAGCCAUGUGCAGUCCCGCACUCUAUAUUUAACAGCUGCCGCAGAGCAGGAGGGGAGGCCGGGAGCAGGGGAGGCUCCAGGCUUCCGUCUUUGGAGAGAAGGGCCUCACAGCCAGGCUGGGUGACUGUCACCAUGCCUGGCGCCCAGAGCCGGGCCCGGGCCCGGGACCGCAACAACGUCCUCAACCGGGCCGAGUUCCUGUCGCUGAACCAGCCCCCCAAGGGGGCGCCGGAGCCCCGCAGCGCGGGCAGGAAGGCCUCGGGCGCCUCGGCACAGCCCUCGUGCCCUGGCGAUGGGGCCCGCGAGCGGCGCCAGUCUCAGCAGCUGCCCGAGGAGGACUGCAUGCAGCUGAACCCCUCCUUCAAGGGCAUCGCCUUCAACUCCCUGCUGGCCAUUGACAUCUGCAUGUCCAAGCGCCUGGGGGUGUGCGCCGGCCGGGCUGCGUCCUGGGCCAGCGCCCGCUCCAUGGUCAAGCUCAUUGGCAUCACGGGCCACGGCAUCCCCUGGAUCGGGGGUACCAUCCUCUGCCUGGUGAAGAGCAGCACGCUGGCCGGCCAGGAGGUGCUCAUGAACCUACUUCUGGCCCUGCUCCUGGACAUCAUGACGGUGGCGGGCAUGCAGAAGCUCAUCAAGCGGCGCGGCCCGUUUGAGACGAGCCCCAGCCCCCUGGACUACCUCACCAUGGAUAUCUACGCCUUCCCCGCUGGACACGCCAGCCGCGCGGCCAUGGUGUCCAAGUUCUUCCUCAGCCACCUGGUGCUGGCGGUGCCCCUGCGCGUCUUGCUGGUGCUCUGGGCCCUCUGUGUGGGCCUGUCUCGGGUCAUGAUCGGCCGCCACCACAUCACCGAUGUCCUCUCCGGCUUCAUCAUCGGCUACUUCCAGUUCCGCCUGGUUGAACUGGUCUGGAUGUCCUCCAACACCUGCCAGAUGCUCAUCUCCGCCUGGUGAGCCGUUCAUCUGCGGCUCCGGGGCCGGGGGUGGCCCGAGGGGCAGCAGGAGGACAUAGGGCUGGCAGGGGCGGGGGGACCAGGCAGCCCCAGCCCAUCUCCCCAAUCUUGGUUGGAGGCUGGUGACCUCAGGUGGGCCCACCAGUGACCGGCACGUCCCUCCCAUCAUGCUGGGUGCCUCCUGCUCCUUCAAUCAGACUCCGAGUCAGUCCCUCUGUAGACAGGCUGGGGCCCAGCCGUGGGGAUAGGCCUGCUCCGCUUCUGCUCUGGAGGUACCAGGUGAGAACCAGGAUGGCGGGAGAGGGGCCGAGUCUCAUCUUGUCCUUUCACCAUCGUGACUGUUGAGUUCCUGGCUGUGCCCACCUGACCAGCGAAAUGCCCACAACCCACCACCCAACACAGGUGCCAUUGCCAUUAACGGUCAUCGAUAGCUUAGGGCAACGCUUUCCAGAGGGUACCCCACCGGACACCAGCCUACAAGACACUUUGGGGAGAGAAAUGGUCUUGUAGUCAAAUAACUUUGGGAAAUGCUACACACUCUGUUGGACAUUCACGAGGGCUGGGAUUGUCGUAAAGGCAAAGUCCUGUAGAAGAGCUUCCAUGGAAUCUUGUUUAAUCCAUGUUUCCUAAACGUAUUUGACUACAGAACCCUUUUCUCAAGGAAAAGCUAUUAACCGCCCCCCAGGGAACCGCAUUUCCCCAGGCGCAUUUUGGGAGAUGCUGCCCGGAGCGGAAGGGCUUGAGGCGUGAGCUGCCCUCUCCCAGCGCUGGGCCCCAGCGCCCGGGGAGACCAGGUGUCUGCGCCACCGCCUGUGGCAAGCCCAGGGCCCACGGGCGUCGGUGCCGCUUUGGCCCCCAGGGGCCGGACUCCGUGUGACCUAAUAGGUCGUUUCCAAGUCAGCCGUUCCGGACGUGCACUUCACGUGACAAUACAGAUGACGUGCAAAUA